AACUCUGAUAGACCCUCCCAGGUACUGUAGGUACGUGUAGGUGUACACUUGCAGUAGGUGUGUCCAUUGCAGGUGAGCAUGCCCUGUGCUGAAAAUCAAAAGGAAACCAGGUAAUCAUUCUAUAUAAUGUCGGAAUACCAUUUGUAAAGACGUCAGUAAACAGUAUAAACUCCAUACUGCUUCAGCCUUUACAUUGUUUUCUUGAAAUGUUUAAUCUGUGUUGUCAUCCAAAAAAAAUACGAGGGAAUACUGCCACGGUUAUUUCGCAAAGGACUUCCUUUCUCUAAUGACGAAAACGGAGCGCUUAUAAAGCUGGAUCACCAACCUCUGCCAUUAAACAGACUGCUGUAUCGGCUAAGGAGUAUUAAAAGUUCCUGAACUAUAUUUAUGCAGUAUUUUGAAUCUAUUAUUUUUAAUAGCAGAAUGUUUAAGAAAUUGGUGACAAUUGUUGCUGUUGCUCAACUUUUCUUUAAACAAGUAAAAGUAACAGCAGGGCAGUCGUCGAAAAACGGCUUGUGCAUUGGGAAUGACUGCUACACCAUACACCAGGACUCCAAGACGUUUCAGAGUGCAAAUGAUGUGUGCAACAAACAGCAAGGACAUUUAAUGACAAUGCGAUCAACAGUGGCCAAAGAUGCAAUGUCUACCCUGAUGGCGGAUAAACAAGGAGAUUUCUGGAUUGGCCUGCAGCUUCCUAAAGGACAAUGCACCAACAAUAAUAUAACACUAAGAGGGUAUGAGUGGGUAACAGGAGAUGAAAGCGCACAUUUUUCAAAUUGGAAAGGCAAUGCUUCAACCUGCACCCAGCAGUGUGUCUCGCUUUCCAGUGAUCUAAGCUGGGAAGAAAGACCAUGCCAGGAUGAACUGGCAGGAUUUUUGUGUGAAUACAAUUUCAAUAAAACAUGUGAAGCUCUACCCGCAGAUAUGGACCUCUCUGUUCUAUACAGCACACCACUAGGUUUUCAGAUAUCUGACCCUAGAUCACUUCCACCGGGAAGUACAGCAACCUUUUCACCCUCUGGUUUCAAAGUUUAUUGUUCCAGUAAAGCUGAUUGGGACAGCGGUCCUUGGGAUUGCCAGAUUGAUAAUGGUGGUUGUGAACAUCAAUGCCAAAUGAACAACAGUCAGCCCCAGUGCUUCUGUCCGCCAGGUAGUCAGCUGAAAGAUAAUAAGGUUACCUGCACAGAAAUAGAUAUAUGCAGCAUUGCAACUUGUGAGCACCAGUGUGUCCCGUAUGAAGACAGCUACAUCUGCAAGUGCCAUGAUGGAUAUGCUCUGGAUUCGGAUGGCAGGCGAUGCAGAGACAUUGAUGAGUGUAAAACGGGGCAGGUUGUUUGUCGUCAAGACCAGGUAUGUGAGGACACACCUGGUAAAUCUAAGUGUAAAUGCAAGCCAGGGUUUGAAGAGGUCGGUGGUAAAUGUGAGGACCUAAACGAAUGUUCCAAAGCCCCAUGUGAGCAUGACUGUAAAAAUAUACCGGGGAGCUACCAGUGUUCCUGCUUUGAGGGGUACAUUCAAGACUCAAAAGACCAUCUCAAAUGUAAGUUACAUUGUUCUACUUCUGAAUGCCCUGCUAACUGUGAUGCAAAUAUGGACUGGCAAUGUAAUUGUCCAGAGGGAUUUGUAUUGGACACGAGGGAAAAUAUGUAUUUCUGCGUAGACAUAAACGAAUGUGAGAUGGAGACCCACUGUGAGCAGCUAUGUAUUAACUCAUUUGGAAGUUAUACAUGUUAUUGUCAUGAUGGCUACUCUAUUGACAGUGAUGGAUAUUCUUGUGUUUCUGAAGAUACUGAAGAAGGUUCCGGCACCACAAGCGCUACUCCAGUCAUCAGUGUUCUUGUUACCCCCACUUCAAACUAUACUAGAGAGGGGGGGACUCUUUUAACAUCAGGAGCUCUUCUUGGAAUCAUCGUUUGCAUCUUGGUGGUCAUUUUGGUUCUAGUUUUUCUUGUGCACCACGUUCUUAAAAAGAAUGCAAAACGGGAUGCCUUAUCAGACUUUAAAAGCAGCGGUGCAGAACAAGAAAUAUUUCUACAACAGGUGACCACAUUGAAGUAUGUAAAGCAUUCUUCGUCUAAUGACAUUUUAAAAACAUGAGCGAUGUAUCAAAACGGAAAGAAACUAAAUAUUGACGUUUUUCGAUGUAAAACAAACGUGUAAGAAUUACACAUAAAUCUGACACAAUAAAUUAUAAACGUGUUUAUGGUUAAAAUAUCCCGAUUCCAAAGAUUAAAAAGUUAUAUUCAUAAAUGACAAUAGCGCUAUAGGACAAGAUUAAAAUAAGUUUAGGACAAGUUUCAGAUUAAUCGCUAAAUACGUAUUUAAUAAACAGGUACUGUGUUGUUAAGCUUCAUUGUCCAUAUGCAAGUCUGGGCGACCUGGGCCCUCAUCACUAUAGAAUAGGUGUUGCUGUUUUAUAGAAAGAGCGGCUGGUAGCAUUUUCUUCCAUUUGUAAACCCAUGCAUUUGUAAAUGUUAAUUGAAUGAAUUGUAAUUAUUACAUAAUUUAAAGUGUGAAAAUGUGUAAUAUGCUCAUUAGUUAUGUAAAAGUAUAAACACUUUUUAUGUGCGUUUAAAAGCUUAACAACUGUGGCAUCUGUUUGUUGUCAUAUUUUGUUUAACAGUUAAACCAACAUUCUUUUAAAAUCUAAAUGCGUUUUUUUUGUUUGUUUGUUUUUUUUUUUUUUUUUUUUUUUUUCUUUUUCUAAAUGCAUUUUUACAAUGUAUAUGUUACGGUAAAAGUCCGAAUAUUGUCCGAUUUUAAGAUUUACUGGUACAUCUCAACUGAAGAAUAACCAAGCGGUUUCGGCGAAUGAUCAAAUGUCUUUACAAAAUAAACAUGGUAACGCUUUACUUGGGACAUUUACCGGUAAAUCUCAUGAAUAAACAAGUGCCUCUGACUAAUGGUGGCUCAAUGUCUCGCUUUCGCGCAGUGCCACUAGAGUCUACCAUGCUGCAGUAAGUCAUUCUAUUCACUGCCUAUCUCAUUUUAUGUCAUAUACAAAGUGUGAUUUUCUGUUAAAUUAUUUAAUUUGCAUUUACAUAAUGUUAUUUUUCAUCAAAUCAUACAUAGGCCUAUGUGGAGUACAAUAUUCUUCAACACCAAAUUGUAAAUUGUUUGAUACGCAAAUUUACCAGAAUGCUGGUUGUUCUACUUAAGUUGACGAUAAUGUUCAGUACCGUGUUGAACUAGUUUAAAUGGUUCAAUUGUUAAUUACUGUAAGCUCACUAAUGGUUAUUUUGUUAAUGGAAAAUGUGUAUACAGAAAUAAAUAUAUUGUUCGACA